UGACAAUUUCCAUAAUUUAUUAUUGUAAUUUUCUCACAACAUCCAAAAGCAAUCCUAAUUUGGCCUUCUAGAAGCCUUUAAAUCGAACAUUUCCGUCCUACAUUUACAAAAUUUAACAGUAAAAAUGCAUAUUUGUACGAGAAUGGCGUGAAUAUAUAAUAAUCUGUCAACAAAUUUCUAACCUGCCUCAAAAUGUCAUACCAGUUUUCCUUGACUAAUGGAAAACAAAAGCGAUUUUCCAUUGACGAUGCUUUUGAAGAAGAAACGGACGAAGCUAUAAAAGUGUAUGGAACUGCGGGACCUAGAUCACCUAUAUCUGGUUCUAGAAUUAUGGUCGGCGAUGGGGAUCAUGUAGCUGUUAACAUGGAAAAUGGGAGAAGUUACAAAAUGGCCAAUGACACAUCCAGAGAUAGUGACUCUUUGAUACAGGAUUAUUACGAUUGUCCCAACGAAGAAAACUUCAGUAGAUCAUGUUUCAAGCAUCCAAAAGUUAAAGAAAACUGGAGGAUGGUACUGGCAGCGGCAACUUUACUAAUAAUAGGGAUAGGAUUACUAGCAACAGGUAGUGUUACGUUAGCAGAGCCUAAUUCUGGUUUGCAAGGUUUGGUGUUCUUAUUAGCUGGAUUUAUUUGCUUUUUACCUGGAGCAUAUCACAUUGUGUAUAUAUAUUUGGCUGCUAAGGGGAAACGUGGGUACCACUUUCACAAUUUGCCCUUGUUUACUUAAAAACUAUGAGGUUAAAUUUUGAGUUGUUAAUUCUUGGGAUCUGUUAGCCAUAGCCUAUAUAAACCUAUAUUGAUUAUAAAAAUAGUAAAAGUAACAUUGCUAUGUGCCAUAUAUUUUGCAAGAGAGUAUUUUUAUACGAAAAUAAGAGCUUGAAGCUGAAGGUAAAACGUUACACAUUAUUCAUCAGUGUAUUUUUACAAUAUAUUGCAUUUGCAGAAUUCUACAUUAUAUUUGAAUCAUUAAAAUCAAUUUACAUUUAAUGCAUCUAUGCCUAUGGUUUUAAAUGGGAGAGUAAGACAUUUGUCAUCUGAAAACAUUCCUAACUCUUUGAUAUUGUUACUACCCAGACCUUACAGAAGGAUAGAAAUCAUAUAAUAGCUUAUUUACCAAAUUCAUUGCUGAUUUCCAUCUCUUAAUUUUGUCCUCACUUACUCACAAAUUCUCCCUUUGAAUAUUUUCUGAUAAUUCAUUCCAAUUUGUUCCUGAUUGUUUUUACACAUACAAAUGUUUAAAAUUAACACAUUUACCGGAUUAAAAAAAGAUUUUUCAGUGAUUCAAAUGUGGUGUUUAAGGCCUGAGUAAUUCUAUACCAAGUGAGCAAAAUUGGGUGUUAACAUUUGCUGUAAAAUAUACAGAGUGAGUUUUAUCUAUAGAACGUCUUAAUUAUCUUGGAAGCAGCUUGCACGAUUUUUAAAGAUUUUAGCGAGUAAGGGUCUUGUGACGCGGUUGAUAUUAGGGUGGUAUUUACAUUGUUGUCAGAUCUGCCGUUUUUCUGGAAAUCUAGUGAAUUUUCUUUAUUUCAAAUGAAACACCCUGUAUAUUUUUUAUCUUUUGAAUUCCUUAAGAAAUACUGAUUAUUUUUUAUGUAAUGUUUCCUAUACCUAAAGGCCAUAAUUGUCAUUAAGGAUGAUUGCGAAAUCUCUACUGAUUUACUGACAGUAGAUCUUGUUAUGAGAUUUCGGUUAGGGUAUAAAUUAUUAAAGAUAUUGCUUGUUGACUAUUGUAAUACGUUGCUUGUUGACUUUUUUAUCAAUAUCACCAUAUCGUAUAGUGAUAAGUAAUGUUCACAUUCUCAGUGUUUUUCAUUUCUAAUGAUAACCUUUUCAUUUUUUGAUUUGUACAAGGUGAAGCCUCAGCAUGUAUUUCGUUUAUCUUCAGCAACCUUAGCAUCCUUAUCUUGAGCAUUUAUCUUAGAAUUUUUGGAUUUUAUUAUCUUUUUUACACUCAGUUUUAUUUUUGAGAUACGGUCAUGGUCUGAUGGGACAAGUGUUCCAGGAUUCUGCUUCUUGUUCCAGUAAAAUGAAAUAUAUUGACAAAAUGACACUAGAAGAGGGAAACUCUUUAUUUCCAUAGCCCUCUAAAUCUUGUUAUUUUAACUUCGGCAAAGAUAAUAUAAAUGUAGGAAUAACAGCAGAAAUUGUGGUAGGUAUUUAGGUGUAGGGAAAAUUACAUGAAAAAUAAUGAGUAUGUAUUUGUUAAGUCUGAAAUAAGGGUCUGACAACAAUGUUAAUACCACUAUAAUAUCAGCCACAUAAUAAGACUCUUGCACACCAAAAUCUAUAAAAAUCGUGCAAGCCGUUUCCGAGAUAACUGAGGCAUUCCAUACUUAAGUACUUACUCUGUAUAAAAAAAAGUUUUGCUUGAACAUUUCAUAUGUAAAAAUUCUUGCUUAAUGUUAUGAUUGCGCCAGAACUUUGAAAUUUUCUCAAUAGAAUCAAAAAAAUCCAAUUUGGAUAGGGUAAAAUAGCACCCAGGUUAACUGCAUCAACCUAGACAAACAGGCAUUUCUGUGCAGGGACACCUUAAAUUGAGUUUGAAGUCACUUUUUUUAUAAUGAAGAUCAAGUGCAUGACACUUCAGACAAAUUGAAGAGGACCAAUCCUAAUAUUGCUCACUUGUUUUGGAAUUACCCAUCUUCAUUAUACAGUCGAACCCGCUUAUUGGAAUAACCUUGGCUCCAAGACAAAGUAUUCCUACAAUCGGGUUAUUCUAAUAACCGAUCAUUGCUUGCUAGUAGAAACGUUUCGGGACCUCAAAUUUCUAUUCCUUAAACCGGGAUAUUCCUAUAACAGGUAUUCUAAUAAGCGGGUUCGACUGUAUCUAUAUUUUUCAGUUACCGAUUUUCAUUUGAAGUGAUAUAAUUAUCCCAAAAAUUAACAGAAAGUUUACCUAAUUAUUAAAUCGUUAUAGGGGCAGGUAGAAUUGGUUAUUAAAUUAUUUAUAUAGAGAUUUUUAUAAAUUAGAUCUGAUCGGUCUUAGCCCUAAAAUUUUUUGUUUUUAUAUUGUAUUAAUUAGUACAAUAUGUUCAAUAAAUUUGAUUACAGUAUUGGA